CUAUUAAAAUUUUCUUUGCUUGUAACUUUUUUUCAAAGUAUAAUAAGAACUCGGACUUUUUAGUAGCUUCAUAUUUUAUGAAAAUCUGUUAGGAGACAACUUUUUCAAAAAUUUUUAUUCGUUAAAUUUUGUAAUAUAAAUAAAUAUUUGAAGUAUAGCGGUCUGUGAGACCGGGGUUAGCUUUAAGUGAAAGUAUAUUCCCAUGAGUAACGUCUGCGCAACUUGACGCGCAGCUAGUUCUACUGACAGUUCUCAUAGACUGUAUUUAUUGUUUUGAUGUUUUCGUGAAUAGUGAUAUUGUAAAAAUGUGAUAAUAAUGUAAAUUUGUAAUUAUUUAUAAAAAAUAUUUAUUAAAUAAUAAUAUUUAUUAAAUUGCUAUUGAAGGAAUUAUUGUCAAUAUGUCACGGAAGAGUUCAAAGGUGAAAAAUUCUCGAAAAGUUUUAGAGUCAAGUGUUGAGGAAUUCAGUGAUAAUCAGAGUGAUGAUUUUGACUCUGAUUCUGAUGUCGACUAUGUUAUAGAAUCAGAACACAAUUCCGACACUGAAGAAGAAGUCGAUACAGAAGAUGAAGAAGAAGAAGAGGAAAAAGCCCCUGGAGGUUAUUUCGGUAAAGGGAAAAAUUGUGAUUAUUAUUGGAGUGCUGAAAAACCAAAUUCGAAAAAAAGAAUGCCUCAACAUAACAUUAUUUUGAAACUUCCAACUUUGAAAUCAUCGGCUUUGGAAUUAGGCGAGACUCCAGAUUGUUUGAAAGUAUGGGAAUUAUUUUUCGACAAAGAUAUUAUUGAGAAAAUUGUCCUUUAUACAAAUCAAAAGCUAAAUAGCGUAAACGAACGUUUAUCUCGAAAUUCUCGAGAUCCUGAUAAAUUUAAAGUUCCUACCUAUUUGAAAGAGACUUCUGUCGUUGAAAUUAGAGCUUUUUUUGGACUUCUUCUUCUAACAUCUAUUUAUGGUUCUGCUCAUGAGAAUGUAGAGUCUCUGUUUUCUACUGAUUGCUUAGGACGACCGAUUUUCAGUGCUACAAUGUCUUCUCGAAGAUUUAAAAGUUUAUCGACCUAUUUACGUUUCGAUGAUUCAACAACUCGUUCCGACAGAAAAAAGAUUGAUCGAACAGCUGCAAUUUCGGAAAUUUUCCAAAACAUCAUUGAUAAUUGUCAAAAAGUAUACAAUGUCGGAGCUUAUGCUUGCAUAGAUGAAAUGUUAGUAGCUUUUCGGGGCAGAUGUUCAUUUAGAAUCUAUAUGCCAAAUAAGCCUGCGAAAUACGGAGUAAAAAUCAUGUGUCUCACUGAUGCUCGGAAUUCGUAUUUGUACAAUGCUUACAUUUACUGUGGAAAAAAUAGUGAUUCACAAGGCUUGACUCCUGAAGAACAAAAAUUUCUAAAACCAACUCAAUCUGUUUUGCGUCUCAGUAAGCCUCUGUAUAAAUCGAACCGUAAUGUAACUGCAGACAAUUGGUUUUCAUCCGUCGAAGUCGUUCAAGAACUCAAGAAAAAUGGACUAACGUACGUGGGAACUAUAAAAAAAAAUAAAAAAGAGAUACCAAAAGAAUUUCUUCCUUCUAAAACCAGACAAGUUAAUUCAUCUUUUCUUGGACAUUCAAAAGAUGGAGUUUUGUUAUCUUUUGUACCAAAAAAAAACAAAGCUGUUUUGAUCAUUUCCUCGAUGCAUUCAUUUGCUGAUGCUGAUCAAAAUAACAAUGGUCUUCCAGAAAUGAUCUCUUUUUAUAAUUUGACAAAAGGGGGAGUUGAUUCUAUGGACCUGAAAUGUGCAAUUUAUCAAUCGAGCAGGCGUACGAGACGUUGGCCAAUGGCAGUUUUUUUUAGAUUGUUAGAUAUAAGUGUGACAAAUGCAUUUAUUCUCUACAAAUGUUAUAAAAAUGCGUCUGAAUUAAGUCGUCGAAAAUUUAUAACAAAUGUAGCAAUGGAUUUAAUUCUUCCUCAUAUUAACUGCAGAAAAAAAGAUAAUUUGCCAAGAAAAGUUAAAAAUAUGAUUAACAUCUCUCUCAAGACUGAAACUUCAAUAAAGGAUUCGGAAUUAAGUGAUAAAUUGAAUGCUGGUAGAAAAACUUGCAUUCUCUGUGAUUACAAGUUAAAACGCAAAACUGCUUACAAAUGUGCUGAAUGUGAUUCACCUGUUUGUCUACAAUGUUCUUUAAAAGUUUGCGUGUAUUGUUUAAAAGGAACACCUAACUGUACGCUUAAUAAUUCCCAGAAUGACAGCGAUAACAGUUCAUGCUAAAAAAAACCAGUUAAUUCUCGGAUAUAUUAAUAUAAUUAAUAUUUUUUAAUAUUUUAUUAGUGGUAACUUA